AUGCCAGAAGAGCGACCAUCGACAUCAUCCACCACCGGUGUAACGAAGGAAGCUGACGGUAAAAAGAAAAAUCUUCCUUGGAUUGAGAAGUACCGUCCCCAGCGGUUUGAAGAAAUCGUUGGCAAUGAGGAAACAGUCGCUCGGUUGGGAAUAUUUGCCACCCAAGGAAAUGCCCCCAACAUCAUUAUUGCGGGUCCACCGGGUGUUGGUAAGACAACAACCAUUCUCUGUCUGGCCCGCAUUCUUCUUGGUGCCAAUUUUCGCGAUGCCGUCCUUGAACUGAAUGCGUCGAACGAGCGUGGUAUCGAUGUGGUACGCAGUAAGAUCAAAAUGUUUGCCCAACAGAAGGUAACACUGCCCCGGGGCCGUCAUAAGAUAGUUAUUCUGGACGAAGCGGACAGCAUGACCGAGGGCGCACAACAGGCCCUGCGCCGGACGAUGGAAAUCUACAGCAACACAACACGCUUUGCGUUGGCAUGCAAUACGAGUGAAAAGAUUAUCGAACCGAUACAGUCGCGUUGUGCCAUGCUACGGUUCUCAAAGCUAUCUGAUGCACAGGUCCUGGCGAAGGUGGUAGAGAUCUGCCAGCAUGAGAAUCUCAGCUACGAUGAGGACGGAUUGGAAGCGAUCGUUUUUACCGCGCAAGGUGAUAUGCGGCAGGCACUCAACAAUCUGCAAUCAACCGCCAAUGGGUUCGGGCACAUCAGUGGCGCGAACGUGUUCAAGGUGUGUGAUGAACCGCAUCCACUGCUGGUGCAGGAUAUGCUGCAGCAUUGCAUCAAAGGUGACAUCCACAAGGCGUACAAGAUCAUGAAUAAGCUGUGGCGGCUCGGGUACGCAGCGGAAGACAUUAUCGGGAACGUAUUUCGCGUUUGCCGGCGGAUGGAUAUGAACGAAAAGCUGAAGCUGUACUUCAUUCGGGAGAUUGGUGAAACGCAUAUGAAGAUUGUGGAUGGGUUGAACUCGCUGCUGCAGAUGUCGGGUUUGCUGGCACGCAUGUGUGAAGCCUCCUAUGAGCAUUCCUAGAUUUUAAAGAAUUUUCUUGCUACAAAAAAA